AUGCCUGUCGCCGUAGAUGAGUUGGAACGUCUACUUCAAUCAGACCCACAUGCCCAGGAGCUCAGCUCUCCCUACAUUAGCUCGAUCUGGGAGAUGAAAAAGGCCGAUAUCCAAGAGGAUUACUCCAAAGAGUAUGCUCAACGAACCCAGUCAUGGGCCAAGAUUCUGGCCGCACUCUCUGAUAAGAGCUUCACAACUCGCUCAGUCAAGCUUGGUGAGCCCUCUGGCGGCAAAUUCACCUAUCCCAUUCAGAAGCGCCGUACCCAGGAAAAUACCGAGGCGCUGCGCUAA